AUGGAUGAAGUUUCAUGUCACGCUUCAGCAUUCGUCUCGAACUCGUACGAGCAAUACUCAUGGUCGCUGAACGUCUACGAGUUGAGAGCUCUGGAUCGAUUGGAACAGAUUCACUCACUUCCUCUAUUCUUUGAUCCGUUCGUACAGUCCGCGGACGACCUUGACGUCUCCUGUGAACAACUAACCAUAUCCACCGCCGCCUCCGUAUCUAUCACCGUAGCCCCCUCCAGCACCUCCUCCUCUUCGGUCAUCGAAUCCACUGCGCCUAUCGAAACCGCCUCCUCGUCUAUCAUCACCAUAUCCACUGCCACCGAAACGGCCGCCACCGCGGUCAAAACCACCGCCUCCACGGAAUCGGCCGCCGCCUCCACGUGGAGGACCUCUGCAACAAACAUUUAUUUUCAACAAAGGAUUCCGGCAUUCUCGGUAUAUCACGUUAGGGUGUAUUUCCCCACAGCGUCGACAUCUACCUGCCAUGUAAGAAAAACGUCCCGCUACCGCAUCUCUGUUCUCGAACCGUCGGUUUGGUGGGCGCCUUUGUCAUCGGUUAAGCCGCUGAGGCCUUCUAGGUUGUUGACUUCCAGUAGAUCUGACAUCUCUAUCGUAAGAACUGUUAUCGUUCGAACGUCGCUCGACAUCACGAGAUUCUAUCCUGUUGAUGAACAGCAUCCGUUCAUCAUAGCGUGUGGAGUUCACCAUCCGCGAGACAAUUUCCUCACAGUCGUAUGCCACGUCCAGGCAGUCUUCCAGAUUGUAAAACUCACCAUGGCGCAGAAUCCCGUUUUCUAG